UGGUUUUGAUUCUUUUAAUGUCGGUGAUACACACAGGCGCUGUCUGUCUGCCGUAGUUCAAGUAUCGAACAAUCUGGUUCAAGCAAGAGUCAUCUAGCUUGGCAAGAAUAUAAUCAUUACUUCGAUCCGUUUCCCUAGUACCAUCAGGAAAAAUUUGUGUGAAAAAGUUAAAAAUAUUUUUUGUUCGGAAAAAUUCCUCCUCACUUCAGCUAGUGGUUGGACCGCUAGGACAGAGAGCGGACAACGAAGGAAAAGCGCAAAAUUGGAUGAGGGAAAUGAGCAAAAGCCAAAGUGAGAGUGAGAGCGAAAGCUGGGUGGGAGAGGGAAAAUGUGUGCAACAGCCGGUGAGACGAAAUGCAAAGCAGGAGUUCGAGUAACAACUAUUAUUAAAUUUUGAUUGAAGAAAACCCGGUACGGCACACGUACACAUGUGCAGAGGAAACACACACGAAACGAAACGAGCGAAAAGAAAAACUUCGAAUGUCCCAAAAAUCGACGACAGUGUUGUUGGGAAGAACGGAACGCAUCAACUAGAUUAUGAAGAAAAAUUGUGAGUCAGUUGUGAAUUCAACAGCAGGACAAGCCGAUAAGUUCGAUAAACCAAGUUAUUUCUUGAAGCAGGUGCUAUUGAGCUGUGUGAAUUAGCUCUCUUAUCAGUACGGUCAAUCGAAGCACGGGCCCACCUUAGAAGUCUUUCUUCGUAGUGCUUCUCUUGGUUUUUAGUGUUCGUUCAAGACUUACUCAACUCUUUCUAAGCCAAUGUUAUUGUUUACCUCUUCGGCCACGAUUGUGAAGUAGAGAACCGGAGCAGCAACCGGCAACGAAUUUCAGUGCUGAUAUUAAGGCCGACUAAAUCCAGUGCCUACACAAUGAAGAAACGAGGAGCCGGUGAUUUAACGAUGGACACACUCGUCAUGUUACUAUUCGCGUUAGUCGUAGUUGUAAUAGCACUAGUUUUCCUCUCGAAGUUACUGUACGAUAAGUAUGUGAAGAAGGGAUCCACGGCGGUGGAGGGAACCGCUGCUGCGGCUGCAACGAGCACGGGAGCAGUGACCGGAAGCACAACGGCCACUGCCCUGCUGUCGAGUGGUCUGGGAACUGCGUCCGUUCUGGGCGGCAAGGACAUUUCCCGCCUGUCCGAACCGAAGGAGGUGCUGGCAUCGAAAAAAGACGCUCUUCUCGCGCAAGCGAAAAAUGGGCCUCUGGGCGGCGGCGCCCGCGUUGGCGGUGGAUUCGGUGGUGGCAUCGGCCAGAAAGCUGGCGGCGUUGGCGGCUCUGCUAUCGUACGGAAGCGUAUCUCCCGCAGGAGUCCCGGUCCCGAGUUGUCGCAGAAAAAACGAACAAUCAUCCCUCCGUCACACAUCAACGGAUCGGAUAUGCAAAUGGUCCAAUGGGCGAUUCACGUCUUUCGGUGGCUUUACUCUGAUCUGGUCGUCGUGAACAAGCUGCUGCAGGACUGGGUUGGUACUAUCAAUACCGCACUGCUAUCCCACGUAGAACAGCACGAGAUGAUCGUCGAAGUGGUCCGGGUGCUGCCGGAGAGUCUACCCCCGAACAUGUCCAGCAUCCUGUGCGAGCCAACCGAGCAGCAGAACGAAGUGGAGCUGCUGUUUGAUGUUGAAACCACCCCAGUUCUGCAGAUUAAGGCGUUCAAAUCGACCAAUCAGAAGACGGACGUCUCGCACUACAAGGCGACCGUGUCCCGAUUGAAGACCCGUAUGAGUGUGAUAAUUAACUUUUUCGGACUCAAGGGUGAAAUGAAGGUGGAAGGAUUUCCUGACAUUAAAAUCCACCUUAACAGUAUCGGUCCACUAAAGACUGCGAAUGCCCAAGAUGAAAAGAAACAAAGCGACCUCAUUAUUGAACUGCUAGCGUCCUCCAUUCGGGACGUCGUAUAUCCGAUCGAUUUCUCCAUCUACUCGACCUGUCCGCGUUUGAUGGGCGAAGAACCGGAGGAAAUGCUGCCACUCGAUUACUCAGGUUAUGGUUACAUGGACAAUUACCGUUCAUAUCAAGACGACUCAUUCAGUACCAGCUUAUCGACUUCACCGAAAAAACUAUUAGUUAAAAUCCUGAAAGCCGAGGGACUCCUGCAAUGCUCACAACCAUACUGCGUCGUAGAGAUGGAUGAACCGGCUCAGAAGCAUCAAACCGCCGGCAAAAUGGGGACGAACCCCGUUUGGGAUGAUACCUUCCUGUUUGACUUGUCAAACCAUUCUACCGAACUCCUAUUCGAAGUGUAUGACUCUGUAGCAGUAGGUAAUGGCAAUGCAGUUGAUCCACUGUUAGUUCAAUCUGUUGUAGUUGAGGCCACUGCGCCGGCAUCGUGUCCGGCGCUAGUUAAAGUGGUUGCGAAUGUCGAGAGUGCUGAGAUUAUUACAUUGCAUGACAAUAAUUCGAAUGAUCCUCCCACUAACAGUAGCUGCGGUAACGAGCAAGCCGCUGGAGCCGAUCGUGACCCAGCUGCUGGUCGGGGGGUCACCGACGGCGACGACGGCGAGACUGAUUGCGUCCAAUCGGAGAUAGAACCGGCUGAGCGGCCUUCGGUUGCAGCUGGGUCCAGCUUUUUAGACAAAAUUAAAAAACCUAACACGUGUGAGUCCGCCGGAGGGUUCCAGCGAUUCCUGGGGUUGGGUUUGGUCGGGAUCGAUGAACUCGCGAACGGUCCUGCUUCGACGCAAAUUUUGGAACUACAGCCCAGACCAUACGAAACGGAAAAUAUUACCGGUACACUGACAGUUGAGUUUGUGUUCAUCGAUGCUCCACCAGCACCGGCUCCUCGAAGACAGUACGCACAGCAAUCGUUCCGAACCAAUGGAGAAACGCACUUUGCUAGGGAUGUCGGCACUAAACUGUCUUCCAGCGCCCCAACCACCACCGGUGCAUCUACCCUGCCGGGGGCUAUAAAAAGUACAUCAUCUGCUCCAACCUCACCAGCGAGAAAAUCUGUCGGAAUUCUUGGCACUGUCAGUUUUAGUGACCGUAAUCAACGCUUCCAAGCGGCCAACGCUAAUCGAUUGAACAAUUCCUUCCUGAAGCCCCCCUCGGCAUCUGACUCCAGCUUGAACGGUACUAAGCUACAUCCAUCCGAUUCCACCUCGGUUUCACCGGCGCUCUCGUCCGUCUCGCAAACCUUCAGCGGCGGCAGCUUCAGCACCGGCUCCCCGGAGAACGUCAGCAAGACGCGCAACAUACUCGGCACGCUGCGGAACAAACUGUCGCUUACGAAAAAGUCCAAAUCGGUCGAUAAUCCGCAGUACAGUCCGAACCACCCCGGGCAGAUUCACAGUGCCUCGUCGACACUCAGUCGCGGCUCGUCCACGGAUCAGCGAUCGAUACUCUUUCCGAAUAUCAAGAAUCUCUCCCGAAAGUCGUCCAUGUCGGAGUCUUCCGCCAUUUCCGGCCUGUCGAAUUCCAGCGGCCGAACCUACCUGCACGAGGAAUCUACGCUGCUGCUAGAGACGGUGGAAAACAACAUACGCCGGCAUUACCUGGUUCCGAUCGAGGUUGCCAUGCGGCAGAAAGCGUGGAAGCGCAAGGGCACCAAGCUGCACAUCUACAACGAUCACACCUUCAUUGCGAAACACCUUGGAGGCGGAAUACUGUGCCAUGUGUGCAACCGCAGCAUCCCGCGGCGUCCCGGCAAGCAGGGUUACGAGUGUCGUGAUUGCCUUAUCCAGUGCCACAAACCGUGCCACGUGCGGGCACCGCAGGCCUGUCCAAAUCCGAAGAUUCUUUCGGUACAACUAGCGUCAUUGCCCCUACUGAAUGAGUAAAUGAUUUCUUUAAGUAAAUUCUAACCAAGUGCUUUGCAUUGAUGCAAUCCUAGCCCCAAAUUAAAGUGGCCUUUCUCGUAAAAAGGACAAUUCGAAACAGUUUCAUCUGGGCAUUUAAGCGAAACGCGAAACUAAAUACAACCACAACCCCUAUCAGGAACCAUUGCUACCAAUGCAGAUAUCUAGAACUAGGUGCGACCAGCAAACAAGCUUAACUUGCAACAGGAAUCCACUUCAUGCCAUAAACAAAACGUAUAUGUUUUCAACGAAACAAGCAUCGCAACAGUAAUAUGAUUCAUGUUCCGGCACUCAACAGACGUGUUAUGCGUUGUUAACACUGUUGAAUGUUUUAUUGUUCAGUUGAUCAAAUUAAAAUUAGGAGAAACUAAAACUUUCAUGCUAAGCCUAACAAACAUUGACCAAAGUAUAAAUUGUGAACCUUUCUACAAUGGUGAUAAUACUGACAACCAGCAAACAAUCGCUACAGUUUAUUCUCUAGCCUAAACAUGUAACGAAACACUUUUUUAUUAGGGUUAAUCGGAACAAUCUCUGGUCUACUGGGUUGUGAUGGAAAUGUUAAAUAUUAACUGCAACAAAACAAAACAAAAACAAACAAAAAAAGAAACACGAACCAGGUGCGUUUUCUCGUCCGUCGCAAAAUUGUAUAGUUGAAAGUUUAGCUUUACACAAGCGCGCGCUUUGUUCUGCUCUUCUAUUACUGCUGUUAGGUAUUUAUAAUAAAAAAAAUCUUUUUACUUUCGAGUUAGUAAUGGGACAGUACUGUUUUUGCCCAAAACAAAACAAAAAAAACAA